UUCAAUCACGCCCACACUACAAAAUUACUUGACCUCCUUUACGACCUCGAAAGACAACACACAACCUCCUGCACGACUAUACUUUCACGAACAUGGCGGACGAGAUCCUUUACAACGAUGCAGCGCUCAACGCACUUACGAAACCCCAAUUACACGCCUUGUGUGAGAGGUAUGACCUCAAGACCAGUGGAAAGAGCACAGAGAUGGUUCGACGACUCGGAGAUUAUGGUCGACGACUCAAUGCCUUUGAAGCUGCCAAUCCCGUGAAACACAUAGGUGGAGGAGGACAGAUGGAAGUCCUCCAAUCACAAUCAACAAGACCCCGUCUACAACAGAGACGGUCUUCCCGUUCUUCACACUCUCGAUCGCCUUCGCCUUGGAAUCUCUUCUCGUCGGCGUGUCAUCGUCAGGAAGGUCCGCUAUUCGAAGGUCUGGGACGGCCUUUCAACACCAGGGAUGAUGAUGGCGAUAAUCGCAUCUACGACAACGAUGAACAUGCAAGAGGGAACGAAUAUGGCGGCGGGGAAGCGUCCGAGAUGACACGAGAUGAUUCGGCUUGGGAAGUCCUCAGCGACCGAAGGGCGAGCUUUGAAGAGAAUCAGACUCGGAAUCCGGCGGGUGUGCGUGAAGAUAGUCAGGAGGACGAGGAUGAAGCGACUAUGCUCGGGAGGAGCAUACCGGGGUCUUACGUCAAACAUGUACCUGGUUCGACCAUUCCGCUCAACGGAAGGACGGAAGGAGGGAGGUACGAGACGUUGAAGAGCUGGAAAUCGGCUGAUAACGGUGCUACCGGUACGAGAGGCUGGAUGGAAAAGAGUACGAGCAGGUACGAAGGAGACGGAGAGAGGAUGCACAUGCAGGAUUUCGGUUCGAACCACAGGGGUCACAGUCGCAAUGGAACGGCACCUGAACACAAGAGGACGACGUCUUUGACCAAGAAAUCGUUCGAAUCGCUCAAGGCGAUGACGGCUUCGUUCUCCUUGCCGACCAAUUUGAGGAAACGACGGUUCAACCCUGCCGCGGUCCUCGAGACCGAGGUGGACAGUUCAGUCCAGCCGGGCAAGGAUAAGAGGGCAAGGAGGUCUUCGGGGAACGUCCUAUUGAACCGAGCAAAGAGCAUGGUCGACGUCACCAAGAAGCACGAGAGGAAGAGGUCGAGUCCGUUCGUCCUUCCUUCGCCUGGAGCUACUCGGUACAUACCCUACACGCCUCCAGAGUACCGAGCUCGACCUGUCACCUCUAUGGCUGCCUUUACCUUGCCUGUGGAUGAACCUGUUGUCGGUGUUCCGCAGAGACACUCUCAACAUGCCGAUAUCAAACGGGGUAGUACGAUCCGGAUCGUAGACUCGUCGACGUUCGAAAGAGACCGAGUCGGUUCGGACGAUGGAACCAGCUUGAGCGGGUUGUCUGAAGGAGCGUGGAUGUUGGGCCUCCCAACGCAGAACAAGGUCAAGAACGAAGGUUUAGGACUAUCAAGGAGUCCUAGUCCGCCAGCGUCUAGCACGCUACCGCCUCUUCGUCAGAGCACCAUGGCGGAGGACAUGACCGGGUUGGAAUCUUACCUCGAUACUGAGAUCGAGCACGGUUUAGAAUCCGAGGAGGAAAAGGAAGAGUUAAUGGACGAAGCUGUGCCGGCGAGCGGGCAUGAUGAUUAUGGAUUGCCCGUCGAGAGCCCGACGUCGUCCGGGUUCAAGCUGCCGGGAGCUUAUCCCUCGACUAAGGAGCGCAAAGCAUCGGCAUCGGCUGCAGGAAAUGGAAAUGGCGAGAAUGGGAACCACUUUGCCUUUGGAUCUUCCUCUCAAGGCGUUUCCAAUGAUCAGUUUGCGAAAGCGGGAGAAGAUCUUCUUCGGGAGCUGAAUGCCAAGCUGAUGGAUAGAGGGGUGGCGGGAAUCGCACAGCCGUUGUCGCAAACGACUCGAGAACGAAAGAAUGAUGGUACAGGGAUUCCUCUUGAUGUCGAGAAGAGGGUUCUGGCGGGAAAGUAUGAUAGGGCGCAUCAGAAGGAGUUCUCAAAGAUGGCAGAGCUCAACGCGCAUUUCCCGGGCAGAAGGGUCGUCAGUGGCGGUCGACUCGCUCAGAACGGGCUUCCAUCCGACAACGCGCGACCUGUUCAGACAGCUAAACGCAAGGCUUCUGCCGAGUUCACACCUUCCGCGCCCAACGGACUGCCCUUGAGGCACGUCAAGUCGGCUGCUUUUCUAGGCCGACAAGACAAGACACGGAGGUUGGACAAGGUCGAGGAUGUGGAGGAUAGUCCUCGAAUCAAGAGGAUGAGGGUGGACCGGUCAGCUGCUGCGAAUGAGAGGAAUGGAGGCCGGGCCAGAACGGCGAGCGGAUUUGGGGUGGUGACUGCGCUUGCAAAUGGGACCAAGAAUACCGUAUCGACCGUCAAGAAGCGGUUGUCGGGCGGUCCCGAUACCCUCUUGAGCAAGGUCGACGAUCGUGCUUCGCAUGCGCCUCGGAGGAUCAUUUCCGGCAAUAAACACUCGGUAGUUCCGGAAGGCCUGCCAAGUCGAAAUGCCGCCACAUCGACGCAGAGGGAUAUGCAAUCUUCGCAAAGCCGUAGCUAUGCGAAGAGUAGCAGACCUCCUCCGCCUAUUCCGAACGGACUGUCGGAGUUGGGGAUUCGGACGAGAACUGGAGCCAGCUCGACCCAGCCUUCGUCCACGUUGCCGAGCUCGCUACAUGAUCGUCCUCAACAGACAUCGCGGAUUCCUUCGUAUCGGGUCGUGUCGAACGGUUCGGCGACGAGCCGCACGAGCAUGUUGCGGUCUCAUGGCGAGAAAGCUGGUCCGACUGUCGCUACUGAGCGGGGGCGGUCGACAGUCCCGGCUUUGGUUCAGCGCGACAACAACCAAGAUCGAGAUAGGAAACCAUCCGGAAUCCCUAGCAAGCUCGUCAACCCGAACCCUGGGGCGUCGUAUUCUGCAGCUGAACCGGCGGAUAUCAAAGCGAAAGAACCGCGUCUCGCCAAAUCGGUUACGAGGACGACAACCACGUUUCGUACUGCAAAGACGGUCGCGGCGACUAGCACGCAGAGUCCCGCCCGCGCCAGAAGCAGACUGCGAUCCCCAACCGUCCUUGGAGUCCGUGGCCGUGUCAGCCAUGCCAACUUGCGGAUGGCGGCCAAACAGCACGAGCUGGUUACCAAGCGCUCCCAGAUUGAAGCGGAGAGGGGCUUGAGAGAGGCGCUAGCCUGAGAAACUGCCCGUAGGACGCACGAAGUGCUCGCCACGCCACGACGAUGAUACGAAUACGAUAUAGAGAUCCAGAGAAUUGAUGACCGGCCGCAUUUGCGUUGGGGGUGUCGGCGAAACUCGAUGAAUGGCUGUACAUUCAUUACGUACAAUG